UCGAAGCGAGUGUCAUGUGCAAAUACGUCUUAAUUGCAGUCGCCCUAAUGUGCGUGCUGCAGCUAGGCAUGGUGCAGGCCACCUUCGACUUCUCGAACGUGGAUCUGGUCAAUUUCGAGUACUUCAAGAAUCUGGACUCGCCGGAGGCGCAUCCGCUGCUGGUGCACUUCCAGAAGAAGAAGGCCGUACUGGACUAUAUUGAGCGUCUCUUUCUGGGCAAUUCACCCUUCCAGCAGCCCAGCGAAAUACCCUUCGAUCCGCACUUCGGACGCGCCUGGCGUUCCACGUACGAGCGCAAAUUCGGACGACGCGGCGAGCGGUUGAUCGCGGCGCUCGGCUCCGGCUACACGCUGCGCCAGCUGCGCCACUUUGGCGCCAUACCCAGGGAAUAUGGCACGACGAGCUGAGCUUUUGACAAACAAAAUGUGAUUGUUGUAUUU